UGGGUAGAUGCUUUUGGCUUUCACCAACUUAUUAUUUAGCACAGAACAGCUUUCAAGUUUAUCUGAAAGAUGGCGGUUUCAUUCUAGUGGAAGUGGUAUGGAGAGUGCAAUCACGCUGUGGCAGUUCCUGUUGCAGUUGCUGCUGGACCAGAAACAUGAGCAUCUGAUCUGCUGGACCUCCAACGAUGGUGAAUUCAAGCUCCUCAAAGCAGAAGAGGUGGCCAAACUGUGGGGACUGCGAAAAAACAAAACAAACAUGAAUUACGAUAAGCUGAGCAGAGCCCUGCGAUACUAUUAUGACAAGAACAUCAUCAAGAAGGUGAUUGGGCAGAAGUUUGUGUACAAGUUUGUCUCUUUCCCGGAGAUACUGAAAAUGGACCCUCACGCGGUGGAGAUCAGCCGGGAGAGCCUUUUGCUGCAGGACAGCGACUGCAAGGUGCCUCCUGAGGGCCGUGAGGCGCACCGACACGGCUUGUCAGCCCUCAAAGGCACAAGCCGCAACGAAUACAUCCACUCAGGCUUGUACUCGUCCUUCACCAUUAAUUCUUUGCAGAACCCCCCAGAAUCCUUUAAGGCCAUCAAGACGGAGAAGCUGGAGGAGCCGCCGGAAGACAGCCCUCCCGUGGAAGAAGUCAGGACUGUCAUCAGGUUUGUGACCAACAAAACCGACAAGCACAUCAGCAGGCCCGUGGUGUCUCUGCCUUCCACGUCUGAGGCCUUCCUGGCCUCGUCCGUCUCAGCCAAGAUCUCCUCUUUAAUGUUGCCAAAUGCUGCCAGCAUUUCGUCCGCGUCGCCCUCCUCUUCUCGGUCCCCGUCGCUGUCCCCCAACUCACCCCUCCCUUCUGAACACAGAAGCUUCUUCCUGGAGGCCGCCUGCCAUGACUCGGAUUCCCUGGAGCCCUUGAACCUGUCAUCGGGCUCCAAGACCAGGUCUCCAUCUCUUCCCCCGAAGGCCAAAAAGCCCAAAGGCUUGGAAAUCUCCGCACCCACACCAAACGGACUGCUUCUGACCCCGAGUCCACUGCUGUCCAGCAUUCAUUUCUGGAGCAGCCUUAGUCCAGUUGCUCCACUGAGUCCUGCCCGGCUGCAAGGGCCUAACACGCUGUUCCAGUUCCCAACACUGCUUAAUGGCCACAUGCCGGUGCCAAUCCCCAAUUUGGACAGAGCUGCUUCUCCAGUACUGCUUUCUUCGAACUCUCAGAAGUCCUGAUGACAUCUGGCUACAAUUAAAGACUCAUUAACUGAUGAAACAAAUUUGUCCCCAUGGGCUAGUUUACCUGUGUCAUGAGAAGGACUUUGUGAAACCCUCUGUUAAUUUGGUUUGCACUUUUCAUAACAUGGACAUUAUGUUAGCAUUUUUAAAACUUUUUUUUAUAUUCAAGUAUAUAUGAAAAUCUGUUUUGCAUUAAGUGAAUUUUAAUGUUUGUUUUUAUAUCCUCUUAGCUCUUAAGUGUUGAACACUGUUGACAGUGAAGAACUUUUCUUAAUGGUUUUCAGUGUAACUAAUAAGGAUGUGAAGCUUUUCUCCCUGUAUUCUAUGUAUGCUGAACUGUGCUUAUAUACACUAUAACCAGCUGUGCCUUCCUUUGCAUUUAGUUUAAUGUAAAUGAUUUAUAUAUUUUUUAGUAUUAAGAGAAAAUGUUUGAAAGACAAAAAUUAGUGUCAAACAGCUCUCUAGUAGAAUUUCAUUAUUUUUCACAAGUAGGCAAUAUGAAAGCAUAUUCAUAUUACUUUUUCUUUUUUGCUUUCAAUUAUAAUUGUCUUAGAACCUCUUUUGAACUGAAAUUCAAUAAAUGUAACGUCCAUAUAAGAAACUAAGCCAUAUUUAGACAAUAAACAUUCACAAAAGAAAAUGUUCUAAAGUGCAUUUUUAAAAAAGUAAACUUUGAAAGGCUAGUUUCCUAGCUGUUCACAAUCUUUUAGACUCCCCGCAAACAAAAAACCUGAGAUGGGAAAGCUAUCUCAAGUUUACUCUAUCCAUACCCAUAGAAUAUUUCCUAGGUUAACAUAUUCUUAUUUCAAAAAAUUAGCCCUGGUUCUCCCCAUUUUCCAUAGAGAAUCAUACUCCUCUGAUACAUUUCAUGUAUCAUUAUGAGUUAAGGUUUCUCUAAACCGCUGGAACUAUAAUUAACAUUUAAAAAUGCUAUGCUUGGGAAGAGGCUCACGGACUGGUGAUGAAUACACAACAACAAAGAAACAAUUUUGUACCACCAGGUAUCUUCAUGUGUAUAGGUAUAGCCUUGCUUGUGGGAAUUGAGACGUUAGAUUACUAAGCUUAUGGUGAGAAUGAAGGAAAUCUGAUACAACAAAUAUAAAAUUCUUCAGGAACCACAUCAUUGUGGAACUGAACUGAUUACAUAACGAUUUGGAACACUCAGCAGUAAGUUCUUUUGUGUAGUGUAGUUUAGAGCAGUGAUAACAGAGACAUGUUUUCUAUUCCUUCAAAAAAUCAGCAGGUAACACUCUAAGACAUUGUUCUGUAUGUUUAGUAGGAAGGUUCUAAUGUAGAGAACUGGAAAGGGCUGAGUGCUUUCAAUUCAAGAUCAGGGUAAUUACCAUCCUUAACUAUAAGGAACAGAAAUCACUUUGAAAUGUGGCUGAAUAAUUAAUUGAUCCAAAUCAGGCAUUAAAUAGCAGGGAUUAUAUUAUGAGAAGGGUUUUGUAAAAAAAUAAAGCUUAUUAAAAACACCAACAUUUCUUGAAUUUACAAAAACUGUAAAAUUUUUGUUAUGAUACUCACAAUUUUGUGAGUAUCAAUUGGAACUGAAUAUCUCUAUGUGUGCAGAUUAUGUAUACCCUUAUCCAGAGAAAAAUCGAAACAUUCUAGUAUGCAUCUCUGAAUACAAUGCAAUGGGACUGAUUCUAAAAUCCACAAAAAGACACUACUAUCACUCCCUCAUGGGCUAAGUAUGAUUCUGUACUGAAAUAGCUGGUCCAGCUGAUAUUUACCAAAUGUAAAAUGUUAGAGCUAGAAGAGCCUUUGAGAAUGUGUCCCAUCACCCUUUUCAGAUAAGGACAACUGCACAGAAGCCAGGAGUUGCCUAAGGCCACACAGCUCAUGGAAGGUAAGACAAUGAUUGGUGCUCAGUCCAGUUCUGCUUCUCUGUGCUUAGCUAUAAGGAACUACUGGUCCAAAACUAAUAUGUUAAGUAGAAAAAAACAGAUAAAGAGCGUUUAAAAAAAUCAGUCAGAGAACGCACCCCAAACACAAGAUAAUUACAGAGAAACUAAAAGGGAAGUUAAUGUGCAAAAAUCUCAACGCAAAAUAUUUUAAAAUGUAAAUGGUAACUGAAAAUAUAUCUAUAUAUGACUAUCUGAUUCUGGUAUUCCCUUCCUCCAAAUAUUAUGAUUAGCAUAUACUCUAGCUCCAUUUACUAUAAAUGGAAAAAUACCAUCAUUUUUGAUGGCUCAAAAAACCCACUAUAACACAAAUAGAGAACUGGAGGUAUUGAAGUAUAACCCUUAUAGCUCUGCCUCAUUCUAUGUGUGGUGGUUGUUUUUUUUUUAUCAACUCUUUUAGUCAGAAAAUAAGUUUCAAAUAACAUAAUAACUUUUUUCUUCCUUUUUAUAUGUCUACUUGAUCAGUGUUAAACUGCUAUGGCUAAAGUUUUAUAGAACUGUUAUAACGUAAACAUUGGUCUCUUUGUACACAUCUUUUCUAUGAUUGCAAAUCUUGAUUCACUUUCAUAUAUGUAUCAUUUUUACUGUUAUAUUAUUUUUGUUCAAUAAAUACUUUGUAAUAAAAGGUGUGAGGAGCAAGGCAAGUGGGAUGGUUUACUUA